AUGGCCCGGACCGGCUCGGGGCGGAACAGCAAGCUGGACUCCUUUCUCAAGAGGAACACGGACCGGGCCGUGUACGAGCGGAUCCGGGCUUACGAGCCGUGCGUGGUGAUGUCGGAGUCCGUCAACAAAGUCUUCAUGCACGUCGUGCUGAGCGACGAGUGCGUUUACCUGGCCGAGUACCCCCCGCGCGCGCUGACCGCCGCCGUCCGUUUCAGCCAGGUCCGGCACGUGGAGCUGGUCAACGAUCUCCCGGAUUUCCUGAGCGGGAAAGACAGGGAGCGCUGUCAGCACAUUCGAGUUGUCUACGUCACAACAAACCCCGCUGGGAGGAAAGAAGAUGUGCAGAGGAAAGACCAGAAGAGGCUUCCUGCUUUACCCCCGGCGCCGCCGCGCAGCUACCAGCCGUCAGCCUCAUCCACUGUAAAAGGUGACGCUAAUCAUCUUUCUGCCCCACCCAUCAGGAACCAAACUCACGAGGGGGGAGAGGAGUUGCAAGUGCUGAAGACUGUGCGCUCUGCCUCCUGUCCAGACCCUGAGACUCUGAGCCUGAGGCACCUGCCCCGGUUUCCCAUCCAGCCUGCCUCCCCCACACGCUCCCUCCACUCCCCUGUCUCCCCCAUCCUCUCUCCAACCCUCCCUUCAUCGGCCUCACACAGAAGUCCAAAGUCCCCAGAGCCAGGCCAGGUAACCAAGAGGCGAGGCUCGGUCCUGGCUCGCCUUUUGAUGAGAGAAAGGGUGAGCGGGGGAGAAAGAGACGGAGAGGGUGCCGAGAGAGAGGCGGAGCUGCAUCUAUACGCUGUUUCCCAGAUGUCGCGAAUAUACCUGCAUCUGCACAGCUCGUGGAACAGCUUCGUCAUCAGGUCCACGCUCAUCUUAGACCCGCUCCACAGGAAGAGGUGCGGUCUUUCAUCCAGCCCCUCCCCCCAUAAGCACCCUACUGCCAUGAGCUGGGAGAGGACAGCCCACCUGUUUUGGCAACUGAGUGCUGAGCUCCUUCAGCAGGGCAUCAGCCUGGAAAGUCAAUACCUGUUGCUACAGGAACUAAGAACCGCCGCCCAUCGUAACACAACACUACGUAAACUAUUCUGGAGGUCCAGUGAUGUGUGUGUGUUUCUGGUCCAGACUCUGGAGGACUCCAUGCAGAGCUGUCAGAGCUCUGAGGUUCUUCCCACAGACGUUCUCACCACAGACCAGCUGCUACUUAGUACGCUGAUCACACAGACCCUGGCUGUCAUGUUCAGAGAGACCGAGGUGGAACCAGCUAGGCUCAGCAUUCUGACAGCCAAAAAAGGUGCCCUAACAGUCCAGCUGCUGCUGGCUGUGGUGUGUGACCCAGAGCUCCACACACACCAAGAGGAAUCCUCCCUCCAGUCUGAGCUUCGAACCUUGCUAGCUGAGUACCUUGAUGCUGCCUGUUCUCUACUCUUUGAGUUAGUGGUUUUAGGCCAGGAGGCCAGCCGGUGUUCCUCUGCUGAGGUCUUCCUGACUCUGGGCUGGAUCUUCAGAGUUCUACAACCUCAUCCUCACCUGUUGUCCUUUAUUGGCUACCAAGCCCAGCAGGUGGUCUUGGUGCUGUCUGACCCACAGUUGGAAGUUCUGAGCCCGACCCAGUCUGUUCUCCUCUACCAGCGGUGUAGGGUUCUGCUGGCCUGCCUGCAGUACAGCUGUCAUCUGGGACAGCACCUGAGAUCACACUUCAGAGAGGAGUUCAGGUACUACGUGAAGCCGUCGUGUGCAGAAGAGAAGUUGCCGCUUCAUUACCCCAUCAGCCAGCCGGCACAGAAACUAGUUACCCAGCUGCUGACACUUAUCCUGCAGUAA